GUCUUUACAGUCUGUAAUUGGUCAAAAUUUGUAUAAAUGUAUAAAUAUAAAUAGAUCUUUAUCAAAAGUUUUGGAGAUAUUAGAUCCACAUUAAAGACAAUAUCGAUUAGAACGGGGCUUAAAAUAAUAUUUAGCUACUUUUAUUGAUACCAUUCAUCAAAGCACGCCGUCGCGAAUAUUUACUUUUUUUUUUCUCAAUUUUACACGAAUGGGUGAAUUAACAGAACAAGAAAAGCUUGAACGUCGUAGACUAAAAAGGCAGCAACGUAUUUUACAGUCAGGUGAAAGUCGUCUUAACAAAAUUACUGGAACUGCAUUUCCAAAUCGAAUCACACCUUCAUCAUCACCUUCACCUUCGCCUUCUACUUCAGCUGUGAAUAAGUCUGAAUCAAUAGAGCACAGUAAUACGCCUACCCCUACUCGUCAACGUAGACCAAGUGAUGAUCCUAGCGAUGAAUUAGGUGCACCACAUACAUUAAAUAAUAGCACUCCAACACGAUCAUUGGCUUCUAAUAAUACUAUGUUCAACGAAAGAUCUCUUGCUAAUAAUGAAGGUACAGCAGACCCUUUCGAACAACUACUUGCAGCCGCUAUGAGUAAUGCAAACGAUGGAGGAGGAUUUAAUCCUCUCGCUGCAUUAUUAGCUAGUCAGAAUAUAAACAAAGGUAAUGGUAAUGAAACAUCAACUAAUUUAGAAGCACUACAAAUGACGGACAAGUCGGCAAAGUAUUGGAAUUUAUUACAUUUAAUGAUGAUGACUAUGUUGGGUUUCUACGCAGUUUAUGCAGAAUGGACACGAGCUGGAUCAAAUAGAUUUGCUUCUUUAUUGUCUAAAGAUGCUUCUUUAACAAAUUUUCCUGCUAUCCAUGUGCCUUUGUUUUGGUAUUUCAUUACUUUAGAAGUAUGUAUGCAGUCAGCACGUUUAUUUUAUCAACAAGGGAAGAUGCCUACUAAUUCCAACACCUUGAUACAACUCGCUACACAAUUACCACAUCCCUUUGGUCAACUUGUGACUAUCUUUUUGCGUUAUAGACUUAUUUGGAGCUGUUUUAUACAAGAUAUUUGCAUAUUAGUCUUUAUUAUUGGUAUUUCUCAAGUCAUAUCAAACAUUUUGUUAUCUUCUUAAAUGAAUAUCUACAAAGAGAAUAAUAAUAAACUUUUUUUUUAUUGUAUAUAUAUAUUGCUAUACAAAAUAUAUAUUACAAAGAUGCAAU